ACAAGAGUCACCAGCGUGUGUGUACAUGUGCGUGUGGCGGCGUGGGCUGUCUGUGUGUGUGUUUGUGUGCGUGUGUGUGUGUGUGUGUGCGCCGCCCGGUGUGUGCGAGGGUGUAGUUUUUUUUAGUCAGCCAGCGACCCCAGCUGUGGAUAUCUUUGCAUUGCACAAGUGUGUGGGAGCAGACAGGAAAGCUGAGUUUUAGGGUGUGGAAAGCAUAUAUUUACUGCCUAACAUCUACCUUUUCAAAGCCAAAUCUAGCCAAGCAUUUUAACCUCCUCGCCGCAACAAGCACAUCAAGAUCUCGCUGUCUGUAAGAGACAACACUUCACCUCGACAGUCACCAGUGACAGACUGACAAGAUGGCGUCAGGCUUCAGAAAUAAAUAGGUGAACCUGUGGGUGUGAAUCAUGAUAGGUUGGCUGAAGCAGUGACAUGACCCACUAAUCCCUCAUGAAGCAGCAAGAAAUGGUUAUGACCAGAGGUCGUGGCAGAGGUAUGCGAGGAGGCAUGAUGCGCCCCAUGGGACCCGGCGGCCCCCACUUUGGCCCCAAGAUGAAGCAGUUUGUGCCGCGCCUUCCCUUUGACAUGGUGCUGUGUGAGUCGGCCUUCCCCAGAGUGAAGGCAGCACCAGAUGAGUCAGCGUUCACUCAGGCACUCCUAAAGAGAAAUGCAGAUCUGUCCCCCACAGCAGCAGAGCAAGCAGCAGUUCUGAACCUCGUCACAAAGAUCCAGACAGUGAUGGACAACCUCAUUGUUGAUCCAGGGACCUUUGAUGCCUGUCAAAUUGAGGAGGUGCGUCAGGUUGGUUCCUACAAGAAGGGCACCAUGAUGACAGGACACAAUGUGGCAGAUAUUGUUGUCAUCCUGAAGACACUGCCCACCAAAGAGGCCGUGGAGGCACUCGGGAAAAAAGUGUGUGAUGACCUGCGCAUAUUGGAGCCUCAGGAAGUCCUGGUGCUGACAAUGCUACCCAACGAUAGAGGCUUUGAAAUCAGCAACAGUGAAGCAACCGUUCGCGUCUUGGUCACAACCAUCCACCAGAAUCUCCGAAAGCUGGACCCAGAACUCCACCUUGACCAGAAGAUCCUACAGUCCCACCUGGCAGCCAUCAGACACAGUCGUUGGUUUGAGGAAAAUGCACACCACUCCACCAUUAAGGUUCUCAUAAGACUAUUAAGGGAUCUCCGUGGGCGCUUUGAAGGGUUUGAGCCGCUGUCCCCCUGGAUGUUGGACCUCCUGGCCCAUUAUGCUAUCCUGAACAACCCCAGCAGACAAGCUCUCCCCAUCAACUCAGCAUUCCGUCGUUGUCUCCAGCUGCUUGCUGCAGGGCUCUUCCUGCCUGGGUCAGCAGGCAUUUUGUCGGCAGGAAUCAGUGAUCCAUGUGAAGGAGGAAACAUCCGAGUUCACACCGCCAUGACCCUGGAGCAGCAGGACCUGGUCUGUCUCACAGCCCAGACCCUCCUGCGGGUGCUCUCUCACGGUGGCUACAAACAGAUCCUAGGUCUUGAGGGUAACUCCAGUAUAGCCAGCGAGAUGUCAGUGUGGGACGGUGUGGUGGUGUCUGCACUGGAGAAGGCCUAUGAGAAGCCUCCUGAACGGCCGCCACAGGAUGAUGACACGGACAACAUGGAUGCAGAUGAUGACCCAAUGGAGACAACUGACAACUGAAGAGGGCAUCACUGGUAAGCUGGUGACACUGCCCUUCUUGCAGUUCCUUCCCUCCACUCCCUCAUAUCUAGUGCCAGGCUUGGAGGUCCACAAGUUACGUCAAAGAGUGUUCAGAUUAUGGAGCAAACGAGUGUAUUAUAUGGUGUCAUUCUGGCAAAGUACAUUUAAGUACAAGUAACAGUUUGCAUGAACAGUGUUGAUCUUGGUGUUCAGUGUUUGUGAGUCCUAAUUUUCAUAAUAAACUUUUACUUUAAGGUUUAAAUUAAUAUUUAAUUAGCUAAUAAUGGCCUCCAGUCUGUCCCCACCACUGGACAAAGGAAUCAUGUACAUGGUGAGUCAUUGUCUUAGUGAUCAUGUUUGGACCACAAAGUCUGUGGGGGUUGGUGACUGAAAGAUACAUAAUCAGCUACAGCAUCAAGUCAUUGAAGUGUUGUUGCUGAGAGAAAAGCAUUAGUUCAUGGGUCUCUCUCUCUCUCUCUCUCUCUCUCUCUCUCUCUCUCUCUCUCUCUCUCUCUCUCUCUCUCUCUCUCUCUCUCUCUCUCUCUC